AUGGAAAUACCACACCCAUGUCCCCCUCCGGCAGGAUUUCAAAUACCUGGUGGUGGCGGCGGCGGCGGCGGUUUUCCUCAACAGGGAUUCGCUCAACCAGGUUACCCUCAACCGGGAUAUCCUAAAUCAGAUUAUCAACAACCAGGUUACGGAGGUUUGCAACCUGGUGCUCCACCAGCAUACGAUUCUGUUUAUGGCGGUCAACCUCCUCCGCAAGCACCAAAUAUGUACGGUACAAAUUAUGGUGGGGAAGCGGGUGACGUUUCCGGAUUUGAAUUUUCCGAAAAGUCCGUUCGACAUGCAUUUAUUAGAAAAGUCUAUGGAAUAUUAAUGUGUCAGCUCGUAGUUUCUUUGGGUUUCAUCGCAUUAUUUCUAUUUCACAAUGAUACGAGAGUGUUCUUGGCUGUGGCUAUCACUGCCGUCGUUUGCUUUGCCUUGACAGUUUUUGCUUUUCAAACAAAAUGGGAUUUCACUCUUAUGCGUGGAGGAUUGUUUGUUUGUUGUAUAGUUUUGUUUGUAUUUGGAAUUUGCGCAAUGUUCAUAAAAAUGAAAAUAGUGACGUUGGUAUAUUCAUGCCUAGCAGCAUUGUUAUUUUCACUCUACCUUAUUUUCGAUACCCAAAUGAUGAUGGGAGGCAAGCAUAAAUAUUCAAUUUCACCUGAAGAAUACGUGUUUGCUGCAUUAACUCUAUAUUUGGACAUUGUUAAUAUUUUCAUGUCGAUUCUUACCAUCAUUGGAAAUUCGAGAGAGUAA